AUAGGUGAAAAUUUUCAUUUCAAGAGAGAGAUCAAAAGAUGGGAUUUUGGAAGUGGAGCUCCUUCCGGGGAGGAGGAGAAGGUCCUUCUUCUGGCUUCGGGUCCUCCUCCACCGCGGAGGUCACCCAAGGCAUCCACGCCGGCCAUCUCACAGCCAUAGUCACGGGGGCAACCAGUGGGAUUAGGAAGGAGACUGUGAGAGUUCUGGCGCUGAGGGGCACCACUGUCGUCAUUCCAUGCCGGACACUGAAGAGUGGCAGGAAGGUGAAAGAAAGCAUUUUGGAGCAAAACCCCGAUGCCAAUAUUGAUAUCGUGGAGAUGGAUCUGAGCUCACUUGAUUCGGUUGAGACUUUUGCUCGCGCUUUUAAUUCGUCAUAUCAGCACCUAAACAUCCUCAUUAAUAAUGCAGGAUUAUGGCUUGUCCUUUCCAGCUAUCCAAAGAUGGAGUAGAGCUGCAGUUCGCUACGAAUCACCUUGGUAUGCACCUUUUGGGGCAUAUUCUCAUUCAAAGUUAGGAAACAUAUGGCAUGCGAACGAGCUAUCUCCGUGUUUACAGGUACAAAUGUCUUCACCAUAGUGGUGUUUAGAGAGUUGAUAUUGAAUUGAAGAAAUUAAAAGCAUGAAAUAUCUGUUGAUCCUGUGAAGCCCAUUGGGAGGCUGAUAAUGUUAAUAAUGUGUUGAAGAAAAUAUAGCUAUUGCAUAUUCAAUCGGAAACAAAGUUUCUUGAUUAUUGCUUUAAGCUAACCUUGGUAGAAGUUAUAUCAGCACAU